AUGCACACCCGUGUCCUUAAGAUACCAGAAAGGGAUUUGGGAAAAUUUAAGGAAAAUGAGGGCUAUGAAAAAUUAAAAUCAUGGGAAGUCUCUCAAACCCAAUCAUCCAGUCUGGAAAUUCUUCAUGAGGCUGCGGAAUAUCUUAGGACCAAGGAUACGCCCGUUGCGUUCCCAACUGAAACCGUCUAUGGACUUGGAGCUGAUGCAACGCGAAGUUGUGCGGUUAGGGGUAUAUAUACUGCGAAGAGAAGACCAGCAGAUAACCCCCUAAUUAUUCACAUCUCGGAUCUGGACAUGCUUCGAAAUGUUCUAGUUCCUGUGAAUACAACUAAUGGUACAACCAACGGAACAGCGAAUGGCACAAUAAAGGGUACAACAGAUACCGUUCAUGACAGAAUACCCGAGAUAUACAAACCUCUCAUAGAAAGAUUCUGGCCAGGACCCCUGACGAUAUUACUUCCCAAUCCAACUCCAUCCAAAUUAGCCCCUGAAGUAACGGCUGGGCUCAAGACCUUUGGUGUUCGAAUGCCAAAGUCACCUCUUGCUCUCUCACUUAUCAAAUUAACAGGCGCACCCCUGGCAGCACCAUCAGCGAACGCCUCGACGAAGCCUUCGCCAACUACUGCUGAACAUGUACUCGAGGAUCUAGAUGGUCGCAUUGAACUAAUACUCGAUGGCGGUUCCUGCCAUGUCGGAGUUGAGAGCACAGUAGUAGACGGUUUAUGCGAUCCCCCUUUAAUCCUAAGACCGGGCGGAGUAAGCAUAGAUGAGUUACGCAGCUGUGCUGGAUGGGAGAAAAUCGAAAAGGGGUAUAAAGACCAGAGCGAGCUAGGCAAGGCUGCGCCAAGAGCCCCAGGAAUGAAAUACAAACAUUACAGUCCUAAGGCAAAGGUGGUUCUGUACGAGGCGACUUUCGCUGCAGCUAAGGACGGUGUUCAGGCCGAGGAUUUCGAAGCGUUCGUACAGGAUCGACAAUCACAACAAGACUUACGUGUCGGCAUAAUACGAACUCGAUAUUGGAAGCCUGCUGCCGGACUGCGUUGCGGCGACUUUGAAAAGCGGGAGACGGUGAAGACGGAGACUACUCAAGAGAGUCAAGACACAUCUGAGCUUGAUGUUCAAGAAACAGCACUUUAUGAUACCACGAGUGGAGCUUCUAUCGGAAAGCUCAUGGAUAUAAGCAUUGGGGCGGACACUAGAAGCAUAGCGCAAGGACUCUUUUCGGCGCUACGGGAACUGGAUAGACGGGGUGCGGAUAUCAUAUUUGUAGAGGGUACAGUAGACGACGAAGAUAUCGGCGCGGCGGUCAUGAACCGGCUGCGCAAGGCAGCUACUCGGAUUAGGUCGUAG